UCGAUUCUGUUCUCUCGUUUAUUGAAUUCCUAGACUGAAAAUUUAUUCUCCUUGUCGGUCGAAAUCUGUUUUUCGAUUUUUUGUUUGAAAAAGGUUAUGUUUUUGGAUCGGUUUCUUGUAUAGAAGAUCAUCAAUGGAGGACGCUGUGAAGAGGAGGAGAUUCGCGGUCGGUUACGCUCUUGCGCCGAAGAAGAAGCAGAGUUUCAUACAAGAUUCGCUUGUGAGUCUAUCGGAAGAAAGAGGAAUCGAUCUCAUUCAGAUCGACACCGAUAAGCUCUUGACAGAUCAAGGUCCGUUCGAUUGUCUUCUCCAUAAACUCACUGGAGACGAGUGGAUACGUCAGUUGGAAGACUAUUCAUCGAAGAAUCCCAAUGUAUUGAUUAUCGAUUCGCCGGAGUCCAUUGAGAAGUUACAUAACCGUAUUUCAAUGCUGGAGGUCGUGACUGAAUUGAAACUCGAAACGGAAGGUGUUUCAUACGGAAUUCCAAAGCAGAUUGUGAUUUACGAUUCAGAUACUCUGUUGGAUCCGAAUGCAUGGGGUAAUGGAUUGACGUUUCCUGUAAUUGCAAAACCCUUGGUUGCUGACGGGAGCGCGACAUCGCAUAAAAUGUCUCUUGUUUUCAACAGGGAGGGUUUGAGUAAGUUGGAGACUCCAAUUGUGUUGCAGGAAUUUGUAAAUCAUGGUGGUGUUAUCUUUAAGGUGUAUGUUGUUGAUGAUUAUGUAAAAUGUGUGAUGAGGAAAUCAUUGCCUGAUGUUUCAUUGGAAAAAAUGGAUAGUCUUGGGAAUUAUUUAUCGUUUUCGCAGAUAUCAAACUUGGCUGCUACUCAUGAAAGAAAUGAGGAUAAAUAUAUAGAGACUAUGAAUUUGGAAGAUGCAGAGAUGCCUCCAUUGACAUUCAUUACUGAUAUUGCUCGGGGACUAAGAAAAGCUAUGAAAUUGCAUCUUUUUAACUUUGAUGUGAUUAGGGAUACUAGAAUUGGGAAUAGAUAUUUGAUAAUUGACAUAAACUACUUCCCUGGUUACGCGAAGAUGCCAUCUUAUGAGACAGUGUUGACGGAUUUCUUCUGGGAUGUGUUAUCGAAGAAAAGAGAUGAUGGUUCAGCUGAAUGCUCAGGUGCGAAAUCGAAAUCAGAUCUUAUAUAAGUAGAUAAUUUCUUUCAGUUUUGCCUCCAAAUGACAAUGAAUCAAUCAAUGGUGUUCUUUAAUCUUUACAAUGUACAUUCCUAAAGGGGUUUGAUGAUGGGUGAAUCCUAUCUAUCUAUAAUCGUUUCCUUGUUUACCUGAAGGAUUGGUAUAAUUCUUGUUUUUAAAGCAGAAUCUUA